GAUUUAUAAAUCUUCAGAGUACAGAAUUUGGAGAAGAUAGAAAACCCUAAAAUCCUCAUUAGCUAUAUCGCCGCUCUCGUCCUUACAUUUCACUCAAAGCUCCUUCAUCGUUUUGAUGCCUAGUUUUCAGAUAUACCUGCCAGCCUGAGUUUUUGAAGCAACAAGUUCCAUAAAGAUGAGUAAGAAGAAACCACAGGUGUUCCUUGAUGUUUCUAUUGAUGGUGACCCAGUUGAAAGAUUGGCUUUUGAGCUUUUCACCGAUGUUGCUCCAAAAACUGCAGAGAACUUUCGUGCACUGUGUACAGGGGAGAAAGGAGUCAGCUCUAAGACGGGAAGACCAUUGCAUUAUAAAGGAACCUUUUUCCAUCAUAUUAUCAAGGGAUCUGUGGCUCAGGCUGGUGACUUGCUGAGACAAGAUGGGAACUAUGGGGAAAGCAUCUAUGGGGGAAAGUUUCCAGAUGAGUCGCCGAAGAUAAAACAUGAUUCCCAAGGUCUACUAUCUAUGGCUAUUGCUGAUCGUGAUGCACGCGGUUCUAUAUUUUCCAUCACCUUUCAGGCUGACCAUCAUCUUGACAGGAAAUGUGUAGUCUUUGGGAAACUUAUUGAUGGCCUUGAAGUUCUUAAGAAGAUUGAGAGUGUGGGAAAUGAAGAGGGAAAACCUGAUGUGACUGUAAAGAUAAUCAAUUGUGGCGAGUUACCUGAUGAUAAGAGAAAGCUAAAUAAAUUGAAAAAUGGGAAGCACAAAAAAUCCUCCAAAGAGAGAAGGAAAAAGAGGAGGAGAUAUUAUACAUCAGAAUCAGAGAGCUCUACAGAUAGUGAUACCGAGUCUUCUGAGUCUGAAAGUGAUUCUGACUCAGAUGUAUCUUCUGAUUCUGAAAUUAGCUCAUCAAGUGAUGAUAGACGGAGGAAGAAGAAGAGAUCUAAAAGAGAUAGGCAUAGACGUUCCAAAAGAAAGGAGAAGCGACGUGAGAAAAAGCGCAAAAGGCGUGACAAGAAAUCUAAGCGCAAAUCAAAAAGGGCAUCAGACAGUCCUUCAGAAAGUGAGAAUGGACGUGAUGGUUUAGAGGAAGAUGGUGUAAGACGGUCUUCCGAAGGAAAGCACAAAAGUAUGGAAAAGAAAACAGAAGGAAAUCAUUCUCCUUCGCUUGAGGAGGGAGAAGCAGUUUCUCUUCAUCACAAGAAAGAGGCAACUGACAUUUUUGAAGGAGAGGAGGUAGAAUUUCCCAAGGAGAAUGGAGAGCGUCAAAGCAAUAAUACCAAAAUGGAAAUUAGAUCUGAUAAACCUGUUGAUAGGCAGCCUGAUGUGGUGGAUGAUCACCCUGGCAAAUCUAGGAGCAGAAGCAUAAGUCCCAAAAGGACAAUGAGUAGGAGUAUGAGCAUUAGUCCUCGGAGGAGUUUAAGCAGAAGUCGAAGUGUUAGCCCAAAGCGCAGUGUGAGCAGAAGCCCAAGUGUGAGAUCCAGACGUAGUGUAAGCAGAAGUCCAAGUCGCAGUGGAAGUCCGCAUCGCGUUUCACAGAGGAGGAGCAGCAGCAUUGUUAAGAGUCACAGUGGUAGUCCCGCAAGAAGCAUUAGUACAAGCCCAGUGGGAGGCAAGAGGGGAGGAAGUGUCAGCGUGAGUCCUCCAGCAAGAGCUCAUUCACACCGAAGAAGCAGCAGAAGUCCCUCAGCAUCUCCUAAAAGGCAACUUACCCCAAGUCCACCCAGAACCUCAUCAAGGAAAUCAGUGAAAUCAAAAAGCCGAACACCAGUUAGAUCUGAUAGAAGGAGUCCAAGUGGAAGCCCUGUUAGGCCUUCUCGAAGGAGCCCAAGCAGAAGUCCUGUUAGGUCUUCGCGGAGGAGUGCAAGCAGAAGUUCGGGUAGGGUUCCUUCAAGGCUUAGGCCUUCUGGAAGGAGCCCUAGCAGAAGCCCUGUCAAGUCUUCUCGACGGAGUGUAAGCCGAAGUUCAGGUAGGGUUCCUUCUAGGCGAAGCCCAAGCCGAAGUCCAGGUAGGGCUCCUAGCAGGAACAAUCAACGCAGCUAUUCAAGAAGUCCUGGUAGUGCAGGUCGUAGGGCAAGAUCUCCAGUGUAUGAUCGUGCGAGGAGCUCUUCAAGAAGUGCUUCAGUGGAUGGAUCUCCCAAGCGCAUUAGGAGGGGAAGGGGCUUUAGUGAGCGUUACUCCUAUGUUCGUAGAUACAGGAGUCGGUCUCCUGAUCGGUCCCCUGCUAGGCCAUACCGUUAUGGUGAGCGUGACAGAUAUUCGAGAUACAGGAGAUCACCUAGGCGUUAUAGGAGUCCACCUAGAGGAAGAACACCACCCAGAUACAGAGGCAGAAGAAGUCGAAGCCGCAGCGUCUCACGUAGUCCAGUGCGUUACCGUGCUCGCCGUUAUAGUCGAAGCCCCGUACAAAGUCGCUCUCCUGUGGACCGAUAUCGCAGGUCACCAUCAGCUGAACGCCGUAAAUCACCUUCUCGGAGCAGAAGCCGAUCAGAGUCUAAAUCAUCUCGGGGCUCACAAUCACCAAAGCAAGUCAGCAGAGGCAAGUCAGUAUCAUCCUCGGCGAGUCCCCCUGGGAAGGCAGGUCUUGUUUCCUAUGGAGAUGGAUCUCCUGAAUCGGGAUAGGGAGUACAUGUAGUUGCUGAGUAGAGUGCACUGGACAUACGUAUUUGAGUUUUCACCAUUCUGCGACCAUGGCUUGGCCAAAUGGAUAGUCUUUUCCUAUGUAGUGGAGUGUGGACAACGUUUUGGAUACUUUAUACUUGUGUGCUUGGUGUGUGCGUGUGAUUUAUGAUGCCUUUGAAUAAUUUGUCAUGCUCGGCUAUUAGAAUUGGCAUAGUGAGUAAUGUUCAGACUGUUUGCUUACGAAAUAUUGGAUGAGCAUCAUCACGCAAUGUUAUCUUGGAUUUCUUCCAUGGAGGAAUUUGGGUUCUUCAUGUCAGUGAAGGCCUAUUUUGGACUAGUCAUUUGUUGGUUUUGGUCGACCUUGUUAACUUCCAUGGCUUGAAUUUGCAGCGGCAGAGCUCUUAUUUGUGCCCAU